AUGCUCUCUUCAACACCUUCUUUAGCUUCAAGAAUUAUAAACCAUUACAAGAUGAGGGACGAUGUCAAAGUCUUCAACUUGACGGGGAUGGGGUGUAGCGCGAGUCUAAUCUCCGUAGACAUUGUCAAGAACAUUUUCAAGACCUACUCAAACAAGUUAGCUCUUGUUGCCACCUCCGAGUCUUUGAGCCCUAAUUGGUAUAGCGGAAACAACCGUUCGAUGAUCUUAGCCAACUGCUUGUUCCGAUCCGGUGGUUGUGCUAUUCUCUUGACUAACAAACGUAGCUUGAGAAAGAGAGCAAUGUUUAAGCUCAAGUGUAUGGUACGGACUCACCAUGGAGCUAGAGAGGAGUCUUACAACUGCUGUGUCCAAUCCGAGGAUGAACAAGGCCGUGUAGGGUUUUACUUGGGGAAGAAUCUACCGAAAGCCGCAACUCGGGCUUUUGUAGACAAUCUCAAGAUUAUAACACCCAAGAUUCUUCCCGUAACCGAGCUCUUGAGGUUCAUGUUGAAACUUCUCAUCAAGAAAAUCAAGAUUCGUCAAAACCCUAGUAAAGGCUCCACGAAUCUCCCAUCAGGGACUCCAUUGAAGGCAGGGAUCAACUUCAAGACCGGGAUCGAACAUUUUUGCAUCCAUACCGGUGGAAAAGCUGUGAUUGAUGGGAUUAAACAUAGCUUGGAUUUGACCGAGUAUGACAUUGAACCGGCGAGGAUGACUCUCCAUCGGUUUGGAAAUACUUCAGCGAGUAGUUUGUGGUAUGUGUUGGCUUACAUGGAAGCCAAGAAGAGGUUGAAGAGAGGAGAUAGAGUAUUUAUGAUAAGCUUUGGAGCUGGUUUCAAGUGUAAUAGCUGCGUUUGGGAAGUUGUAAGAGAUCUAACGGUUGGG